CUUGUCCAAUGAGUGAUUUGUUGUCGCUAGAACUUAGAGGUGUUGAAUCCAGUAAUAAGGCAGAUUGCAAGAGAACCUGCGAGAGUGACAUCGAUUGCUAUGCUAUUGUUUCAUACUCAAGUAACAAUUGCUUAUUGUUGAAAACUAAGGAAGGUAAUGGACAAGAGGUCAACAUUGCCAUUCGUCAGUGUAUAAGUGGUGAAGUAAAGCAGGAAAGUGACGUCAUAACCCCUACACCGGUAAAAGAUCAGAACGUUGUUCUAGACUGUUCAAAUACAGCAAAAAACCCGAUAGCGUCAGCUUCUCUUUCCUAUGUGUAUUUGCCAAUUAGCUGCUACAACUAUUCAACUGUGGAAAAUGUUACCAUCGUGGAAAGCACUACAGUAACACAGAACGUCACAAUAACAGAUGAGGUCACACAAUCUGUAGAAGUCACACUCACUGUAAAUUUUACCAUGACGGAAAAUGUCAACAUAACAGAUUAUGUCAUAGUAAAAGAAAACGUCACAAGGACAGAAAACGUCACAGUGACGCAAUAUAUUGAAAGGACAGAAUACGUCACAGAAAACGCGGUUACAGCAAUCGUGACUUCUUUUGCUCCCUACACAGUUACUGUACAAGUGCCUAUUACUCCAUUACCAUCUGCUUGUGAAGAUCAAACGUCUUACAUAAAUACUUCAAACACUCGUUAUAUAGAGGAGGCGGUGCAGAAUAUUUCUAAAGCAUUAUACAUGGAUAAAAAGACGACUAAUUCUUACAUACGAACAAAAACAAGUGCACAGGAUAAUCGACCGUCUUCAGUGACGAUGGGAUACGUAGGUAUCGUGUGUGUGGUUGUGCCGUUAGUUCUAAUUCUGUUGUCGGAUUUAAAAACGAUUUAUGUUCAUAUGUCGGCUGUAUGCAGGAGUUAUAAUGGACCACCAUCCCCGCCAGCAUGACAAUGUGGGCUGGAUGGAUUUGGACUUUAUUUUUUUUACUCAUUGAAGCCUUUGCUCACCCUUGCACAAUUUAUAUAGAGACAAAGGGAUCACGAAUGCGUUGCAUGCAACAUAUUUCUCCAUAAUCCUUGAUGGUUCUGACAUUGAACACUAUUUUUUUAUAUGUGCAGGGGAGUGGCAGAUUCUGUGUUAUACUAAGAAAAAACUAGAAUUCUAUUUUACAUGCUGGUGUGGCGAUUUUUCUUUCCUUGUUUGUCUUUUAAUCAGAGGCCACGGUUAAGUUGAGUGUUACUGGUCGACAUUGGAUGCUCACUCCUCCAUGGCACCUGAUCCUAUCUCUGAUGUUUUAGACGUGUGUUUUCUCUACACUUGAUAUGUAUUGCUUGAAUGGACUUUCGAUCUUGAAUACUGUUUGUUACCUCCAUAUAUAACACACUACAUUCAUCGGGCGUCAUUGCAGAAUUUUUGACAUGAAAAGAGACACAAAUACGUCGUGUUUCAGUAUUUGCUAACCCUUCAAGUUUUUAUUAUUGUAAGAUUUGAAAGAUGGAGGACUGCUGGUUGCGUGCCCUUGCCCAUAACCUUUUUACAUAUACUGUAGUAUAUUAAGACGCAAACUGUAAAUACCCCCAAAAAAAAAAAGAUAACAAAAAUACACGUUUU